CCAGCAUAAGCUUGCCUUUCCCUUCGGUGACUACACCCCAAGAGGAGGAGCGUGCUGCGCAGCGUAGUAGGCGUCAGGAUCCUCAAUUUCCAACUUAGCAUCUUGGCAGGACGUUUUCCCAUGCAAAGCCCCCCGUCCGACGGGCAAAAAAAUAAAUAAAACUUCUGCACAGACAUGAGAGCCAUGGUGCAAUUCAGAUAAAGCAGCAGCAGAGUGAGAACCCCUCCGACGGACAGAGCCUGGCUGGCUGGCAGCGACCAAACAUAAUCCGCCUCUUUUUUUAUUUCGGUUGUUCACUUUUUUGCUUUCUGCGUUGUCAUCUUCAAGAAGGGGACAGACAGCGGGUUCUGCACACACAUAGCUCAUAUGCGCUCCGACAGCAGCGCAUGAGAAGAAACAAAAAAGCGGGAGAAAGUGCGCAAGUUUAAGUGACUUCACACUCUCUGGGCUCCAGCAUGGCGUAUCCUCAGGGCUACUUGUACCAGCCGUCCGCCUCUUUAGCCCUGUAUUCCUGCCCUGCAUACAGCACCAGCGUCAUAUCAGGACCCAGAACCGAGGAACUUGGGAGAUCCUCCUCGGGAUCGGCGUUUGCGCCCUAUGCCGGAUCUACCGCGUUCACCAGCGCCUCGCCGGGCUACAACUCCCACUUACCGUACAGUGCGGACGCGGCGGCGGCUGCCACUUUCACCUCAUACGUGAGUUCCCCCUAUGAUCACACAACGGGAAUGGCCGGUUCUAUAGGAUACCACCCUUACGCGGCGCCCCUGGGCACCUACCCUUACGGUGACCCCGCAUACCGCAAGAACGCCACGCGGGACGCCACUGCCACCCUCAAGGCCUGGCUCAACGAGCACAGAAAAAACCCGUAUCCGACUAAAGGGGAGAAGAUCAUGCUGGCCAUCAUCACUAAAAUGACACUAACGCAGGUGUCCACCUGGUUUGCUAACGCCAGGAGGAGGCUAAAGAAGGAGAACAAGAUGACCUGGACCCCGCGGAACCGGAGCGAGGACGAGGAGGAGGACGAGAACAUCGACUUGGAGAAAAACGACGACGACGAACCAAACAAGCCCCUCGACAAGGGAGACUCAACAGACACGGAGGCAGAUCACAAACUACUGAACCCGGGGGACCUGGGCUGUGACAGGUUUAAAGAAGAGAGCCAUGGCAAAGAAACAGACCCCCUCCUGAGCGAUUCGGAAUUAAAAGAGCAGGAGGAGCGGACUACAGAGCUGCUGCCGGAUUCCGCAAAGCCAACCACCUCAUCUCCACCGUCGAUGCCCCGGGGGAGCCAGGCCUGCGCGCCGCAAGACAAGCCGUCAGAUUUGAGCAUCCCACAGAACACGGUGACCAGCAACGUGACCUCUGUUAUCCAUUCGCCUCCCUCAGCCCCCAAACCCAAACUCUGGUCUUUGGCGGAAAUCGCUACGUCCUCAGACAGGUGUAAGGGCAGCGGUGAGGCGUGCCCCGGUUUGGGUCAGAGCAACGUGCUGGGCACCAACGCAUCUCCUUCCCGUUCCUCCCCUCAGUGUCCGCUCCCCAACAGCACGGUCCUGUCCAGGCCCCUGUACUACACCUCCCCUUUCUACCCCGGCUACACGAACUAUGGCGGCAGUUUUGGACACCUCCACAGUAACCACGGCUCGAUGACAACGGGCUCCACGGCACAUUUCAAUGGAUUAAACCAGACUGUGUUAAAUAGAGCAGAGGCCUUGGUAAGGGAAAGCCAGAAAGUCAGAGGCCAAACACAGGUAGAUCUUUGUAAAGAAUCCCCUUAUGAACUAAAGAAAGGUAUGUCAAAUAUUUAAUACCUGAAUAUUUUCCACUUCACCGCGGACUUUUAUUUAUUUUUUGUGGUUGCAUUAAAAAAAAAGAGAGCAAGAAUGAUGAAGCAAAUUCUGAGAAUAUCGUUAUUUUCUGAGUAAAUGCUUAUCUUCAAAAAAUUUUAGUUUCUGAAUGGUUAAUCCUAAAAAAAUGUAACAAAAAUGGUCUUAAUCGCUGCAGCCGCCUAUUUGUACGAAAGACUAACAUGUAUAUUUAAUGUAGCUUUUUGUAUUUAAAAUGGACAACACGCUAUCUUUGAAGUAAAUUAUGGAGAAAAAAACUA